AUGGGAAAAAGGACUGAUGAUGUCCCUCCAUACUUCAAGACGGAGCCGGUCCGAAGCCAGUUGCACCUGGAGCGGAACAGGCUGGUGCUGACGUGUAUGGCAGAGGGCAGCUGGCCCCUAGAGUUCAAAUGGAUCCACAACACCACAGAGCUCACACGCUUUUCUCUAGAAUACAGAUACCUAAUCCCGUCUCUGGAUCGCUCUCACGCCGGCUUCUACAGAUGCAUCGUCAGGAACAGGGUGGGGGCGCUGUUGCAGAGGCGAACGGAAGUCCAAGUGGCAUUCAUGGGGAGUUUCGAGGAGGGCGAGCGCUCUCAGUCCGUCUCCCAGGGCAACGGCGCAGUCAUCCCAGCUCCGCGGAUCCGCAGUUAUCCACAGCCUCAGGUCACGUGGUACAGAGACGGACGCAAGAUUCCCCCCAGCAGCCGCAUUGCGAUUACGCUGGACAACACGCUGGUCAUUCUGUCUGCGGUGGCUCCAGACGCCGGACGAUACUAUGUCCAAGCUGUGAACGACAAGAAUGGCGAGAACAAGACCAGCCAGCCCAUCACACUGUCGGUGGAGAAUGUAGGAGGCCCGGCUGACCCCAUCGCCCCCACCAUUGUCAUCCCGCCCAGAAAUACCAGCGUGGUGACGGGGACGUCUGAGGUGACCAUGGAGUGUGUGGCUAAUGCGAGGCCUUUGAUCAAGCUGAGUAUCACGUGGAGGAAAAACGGCGUGAUCGUGAACGUGGGCUUGAGCGACUUCAGCCGCAGACUGACCAUCCUGAGCCCCGUGGUGACCGACGCCGGAUACUACGAGUGCGAGGCCAUUCUCCGCAGCAGCAGUGUGCCCUCUGUCAGCGCCGGGGCCUUUCUACAUGUUCUCGAACCACCUCAGUUUGUGAAGGAACCUGAGAAACAUAUCACAGCAGAGAUGGAGAAGGUGGUGGACAUUCCCUGUCAGGCCAGAGGGGUCCCGCAGCCGGACAUGGUGUGGUUCAAAGACGCGGCCCCCAUUGACCCGGUGAAGACCCCCAGGUACCGGGUGCUGGCGGGGGGCAGUCUGCAGGUCAAUGGUCUCCUGCCCGACGACACCGGCAUGUUCCAGUGUUUCGCUCGCAACGGAGCCGGAGAGGUGCAGACCAACACCUACCUGGCUGUUACAAGUAUCGCUCCGAAUAUUACGGCCGGGCCAUCGGACAGCACGGUGAUCGAUGGCAUGUCGGUCAUCUUACACUGCGAGACGUCCGGAGCUCCCCGACCGGCAAUCACCUGGCAGAAAGGUGAGCGAGUGUUGGCCAGCGGAUCUGUGCAGCUGCCCCGCUUUACCCUGCUGGAGUCGGGGAGCCUCCUGAUCUCCCCCUCCCACAUCUCCGACGCCGGGACCUACAUAUGCAUGGCCAGUAACUCCAGGGGCAUCGACGAGGCCUCCGCUGACCUGGUGGUGUGGGCCCGAACUCGCAUCACCACACCUCCUCAGGACCAGAGCGUGAUCAAGGGCACCAAGGCGGUUUUGACCUGCGGAGUGACCCAUGACCCCAGUGUCUCUGUCCGGCACAUAUGGGAGAAGGAGGGCGCGGUGAUAAAUGUCCAGUCUUUCCCGCGAAUGAAGUUAGACGCAGACGGGACCCUGCACAUUUCCCAAACCUGGUCCGGAGACAUUGGCACGUACACCUGUAGAGUGACUUCUGUGGGAGGGAACGACUCGCGCAACGCACAUCUCCGAGUCAGGCAGCUGCCCCAUGCCCCGGAGAACCCCACAGCCGUUCUGAGCGCGUCUGAAAAGAGAGCCAUCGACCUGUCCUGGGCCAAGCCUUUUGAUGGGAACAGCCCUCUCAUUCGCUACAUCCUGGAGGUCUCCGAGAACAACGCUCCGUGGGCCAUCCUGCUCGCCAACAUCGAGCCCGAGUCCACGGCGGUGACGGUGAACGGCCUGAUCCCGGCUCGCUCCUAUCAGUUCCGCCUUUGUGCCGUUAACGACGUGGGCAAGGGACAGUUCAGCAAAGAGACGGAACGAGUAUCUUUGCCAGAGGAACCUCCGAGUGCUCCUCCCCAAAACGUCAUCGCCAGUGGACGCACAAACCAGUCCAUCAUGAUCCAGUGGCAGCCUCCUCUAGAGAGCCACCAAAACGGGAUCCUUCGAGGCUACACUGUCAAAUAUCGGCUCACAGGGCUGCCCGUGGACUACCAAAUCAAAAACAUCACCAGUCCAGAUGUGACAAACUUGUUGCUGGAAGACCUCAUCAUUUGGACCAACUAUGAGAUUGAAGUAGCAGCAUACAACGGGGCAGGACUUGGCACGUUCAGCCACAAGGUGUCGGAGUGGACGCUGCAAGGAGUGCCAACCAUCGCCCCCGGCAACGUGCAAGCUGAGCCAGUCAACUCCACGACCAUCCGUUUCACCUGGACGGCCCCGAACCCACAGUUCAUCAACGGCAUCAACCAGGGCUACAAGCUUCUGGCCUGGGAGCCCGGCAGAGAACAAGACCUCUCCACGAUAACGGUGCGUCCCAACUUCCAGGACAGCGUACACGUGGGCUACAUCACCGGCCUCAAGAAGUUCUCCGAAUACUACACCUCGGUCCUCUGCUUCACCACGCCCGGAGACGGACCCCGAAGCCCCCACAAACUCCUCAGAACCCACGAGGACACUCCUGGCCCGGUCGGUCAUCUUAGUUUCACAGAAAUCUUCGACACGUCUCUCAAAGUCAGCUGGAGUGAGCCCAGUGAGAAGAAUGGAGUCCUGACAGGCUACCGUAUCUCGUGGGAGGAGUUUAACCGAACCAACACCAGAGUCACUCACUACAUGCCCAACGUGACGCUGGAGUACCGCGUCACAGGCCUCACCGCUCUCACCACCUACACCAUCGAGGUCGGCGGGAUGACCUCCAAAGGCCAGGGCCAGCUCUCCUCGUCCACCAUCUCCUCCGGGGUCCCACCUGAGCUGCCCGGGCCUCCCACAAACAUCGGCAUCUCCAACACGGGCCCUCGCUCCGUCACCCUUCAGUUCAAACCCGGCUACGACGGCAAGACGUCCAUAUCUCGCUGGCAGGUGGAGGCGCAGGUGGGAGCGACAGGAGAGAACGACGAAUGGGUUUUGGUACACCAGGUUUCAAAUGAACCAGAUGCCCGGUCGUUGGUGGUCCCAGGCCUCAACCCUUUCAUGUUUUAUAGAUUCCGAAUGAGGCAAGUGAAUAUCGUGGGAAGCAGUCCUCCCAGUCAGCCCUCCAGGAAGAUCCAGACACUCCCAGCCCCUCCGGACAUGGCGCCCGCAAACGUGACGCUCCGCACGGCCAGCGAGACCAGUCUGUGGCUGCGCUGGAUGCCAUUACCAGAGUGGGAGUACAAUGGAAACCCGGAGCUGGUCGGGUACCGGAUCCAGUACUCACGGGCGGGAGCUCUGGGACGCGCUCUGACCCACGUGAUUGCAGACCGUCUGGAGCGAGAGUUCACCAUCGAGGACCUGGAAGAGUGGACCGAGUACGAGGUCCGCGUCCAGGCCAUCAACGGCAUCGGGACCGGUCCUUGGAGCCAGCCGGUCCGGGGAAGAACCAGGGAGUCCGUCCCCUCGUGCGGUCCCACCAACGUCUCUGCCUUCGCCACGACAUCCAGCAGCAUCCUGGUGCGAUGGUUUGAAGUCCCCGAACCCGACAGGAACGGCCUUAUCCUGGGCUAUAAGGUGGUUUACAAAGAAAAGGACUCAGAUAAUGGGGUACAUUUCUGGACAGUUGAGGGCAACGCCACCCACACCGUACUGCUCACCGGUCUGGGGAAAUACGUGCUCUACGAGAUCCAAGUCCAGGCUUUUACGCGCAUCGGAGACGGACGACCCAGCUCCCCACCGAUUCUAGAGAGGACCCUGGACGAUGUGCCUGGGCCUCCGGUGGGGAUCCUGUUUCCCGAAGUGAGGACCACUUCAGUGCGUCUCAUUUGGCAGUCCCCGUCACAACCCAAUGGCAUUAUUCUUGCCUACCAGAUCACCUACCAGCUGAACUCCACCAACAGUAACGGAGCAACAGUGGACGUCCUGAACCCCAGCGCUCGCCAGUACACAGUCACAAGCCUCAAACCCGAGUCCGUCUACGUGUUCCGCAUCACAGCCCAGACCAGGAAAGGCUGGGGGGAGUCUGCGGAGGCUCUGGUGGUCACUACUGAGAAAAGGGCCCGACCUCAGCCCACAAGUCGCCCCAUGGUGCCUCAAAGGAACGUCUCGGCUCGGCAGGUGCUGAUGACUUGGGAGCCGGGCAGCGACGGCCUUUCCCCUGUCCGCUAUUACACGGUACAGCUCAGGGAACUCCCCGAAAACAACUGGACUGUGCACUCUGCCUCCGUCAACCAUGAGGCCUCCUCCUACACCGUGUCCAAACUGAAGCCAUUCACAUCCUACCAGUUCAGAAUCAAAGCCACAAAUGACAUAGGGGACAGCGAGUACAGCGAGGAGAGCGAGGCCAUCACCACGCUACAAGACGCGCCAGACGAAGCUCCCACCAUCCUGUCUGUCACGCCACACACAACCACGUCCGUGCUUAUCCGCUGGCAGCGCCCGGCUGAGGAGAAGAUCAAUGGGAUCCUCCUGGGGUUCCGCAUUCGAUACCGAGAGCUGUUGUACGACCGUCUCCGUGGUUACUCCAUUCGUAGUAUCGCCACGUCCUCGUCCUGGGCUGAACUUAAUGCUCCGUACAGUAUCCGGAAUCUGAGCGAUCCAACCAUGACGCAAUUCGAGUUGGACAAGCUGAGCAAACACAAACGCUAUGAGAUCCGGAUGUCUGUGUACAACGCGGUGGGAGAAGGGCCGAGCAGUCCACCCCACGAGGUUUUCGUCGGAGAGGCCGUCCCUACAGCUCCGCCCCAAAACGUAGCCAUCCAAUCCGCCACCGCCACGCAGCUGGACGUGAUGUGGGACCCGCCUCCUGUGGACGCCCAGAACGGGGACAUUCAGGGCUACAAGGUUUACUUCUGGGAAUUUCAACGCAAGAACGAGACGGAGAGAUUGCGGACGCUCUUCAUGCCGGAGGGAGGGGUCAAGCUGAAGAACCUGACGGGGUACACCACCUACAUGAUCAGCGUGGCUCCUUUCAACGCCGCGGGGGACGGACCGCGAAGCCCCCCCACCAGAGGAAGGACUCAGCAAGCAGCGCCCAGUGCCCCCAGCUUCAUCCACUUCAGUGAGCUGACCACCACCUCGGUCAACGUGUCCUGGGGAGAGCCCACCUUCCCUAACGGCAUCAUUGAAGGCUUCCGUCUGAUCUACGAGCCCUCCACGCCGGUCCAAGACUCCUCGGUGGGCUGUGGGGACUGCCUGCACUCGCCCUCCCCUCCGGGCGUCAGUAAGACCGUGACCGUGGACGUGAAGGGGACCGGCCCUCUGUGGCUCAAACUCCGGGACCUGGCCGAGGGCGCCACCUACAACUUCAGGAUCCGAGCCAAAACCUUCAUCUACGGCCCGGAGGUGGAGGCCAACAUCACCACCGGCCCAGGAGAAGGAGCCCCGGGACCACCCGGAGAACCGUUCAUCACCCGUCAUGGUUCGGCUCUCACCAUCCAGUGGAGCAGCGGGGAUCCAGGAAGAGCACCCAUCACGCGCUACGUCAUCGAGGCUCGCCCGUCAGACGAAGGACUGUGGGAUAUUCUGAUUAAGGACAUCCCACGAGAGGCCACUUCUCACACCUUCAACAUGGACAUCCUCAAACAGGGCGUCAGCUACGACUUCAGGGUAAUUGGAGUGAAUGACUACGGCUACGGCUCGCCCAGUCUGCCCUCCCCCUCCAUCUCCGCCCAAAAAGUGCCUCCGUUUUACGAGGAGUGGUGGUUCCUGGUGGUGGUGGCGCUGGUCGGACUCAUCUUUAUUCUGCUACUGGUCUUCAUCCUCAUUAUACGAGGCCAGAGCAAGAAGUACGCCAAGAAGUCAGAGUCAGGAAACAACUCCAACUGCAACGCUCUGACGCACGGCGACAUGGUGAGUCUGGACGAGGGCCGCUUCCCCGCGCUCGAGCUCAACAACCGCCGCCUGUCCGUCAAAAACUCCUUCUGCCGCAAGAACGGGGUCUACACCAGGUCACCUCCACGACCAAGCCCCGGCAGCCUCCACUACUCCGAUGAAGACGUCAGCACGACAAAAUACAACGAUCUUAUCCCAGCCGAAAGCAGCAGCCUCACAGAGAAGCCAUCGGAAAUCUCGGACUCCCAGGAGGCGCUGGUGUUUUCAUAUGGGACAGGUGGCCUACAUACACUUCCACUGCAUUUGGGCAGCGACAGCGAGUACGAGGUGGACCCCAACCGGCAGAAGACCCACUCCUUCGUGAACCACUACAUCAGCGACCCCACCUACUACAACUCGUGGCGGCGUCAGCAGAAGGGCAUAUCGCGAGCGCAGGCGUACAGCUACACCGAGUCGGAAUCGGGCGAGCCGGAGCACUGCGCGCCCCCGCCCCUCCCCCCGCUGCCUCCUCUGCCCCCCCAGCUCAGCUCCCCCACCCCUCCGCCCCCCCAGCAGGCCCAGGGGCAGCCUCAGGGCCAGCCUCAGGGCCAGGGGACGCUCUUUAGGCCCAAGGGCAGCCGGACUCCCACCCCAUCCCAGCAGAGCGCCAACCCACCCAGCCAGCACAGCACCCUCUACCGCCCUCCCAGCAGCCUAGCACCCGGCUCGCGGGCACCCAUCGCCGGGUUUUCCUCCUUUGUUUGA